AUGGCUACGAACGGCUCUGCCGCCGCUAACGGUGGUCAGUACGACCACAGCCGCGUCGCCCAAUUUAUCGGCGCGGAAUCUCUCGACGCUGCUCCCCCCAGCCGCGUCCGCGACUUUGUUCAGAACCAGGGCGGUCACACUGCCAUCACCAAGGUUCUUAUCGCCAACAAUGGUAUCGGUGCCGUCAAGGAGAUCCGAUCCGUCCGCAAGUGGUCCUACGAGACCUUUGGCGACGAGCGCAUGAUCGAGUUCACGGUCAUGGCCACGCCCGAGGACCUUGCGAUCAACGCCGAGUACAUCCGUAUGGCCGACGCCUUCGUCGAGGUUCCCGGUGGAUCCAACAACAACAACUACGCCAACGUCGACCUCAUUGUCGACGUCGCUGAGCGCGCCGGUGUCCACGCUGUCUGGGCCGGAUGGGGUCACGCUUCCGAGAACCCCCGUCUCCCCGAGUCGCUCGCCAAGUCCAAGAUCGUCUUCAUCGGUCCCCCCGGUUCUGCCAUGCGCUCGCUCGGUGACAAGAUCUCGUCCACCAUCGUCGCCCAGUCCGCCGACGUCCCCUGCAUGUCCUGGUCCGGAACCGGCAUCAAGGACACUGUCCUUUCGCCCCAGGGCUUCGUGACUGUCCCCGACAAGGCUUACGAGGACGCCUGUGUCCACUCCUGGGAGGAGGGACUCGACCGCGCCAACAAGAUUGGCUUCCCCGUCAUGAUCAAGGCCUCCGAGGGAGGCGGUGGUAAGGGUAUCCGUAUGGUCGACGACGCCGAGAAGUUCAAGAACGCCUUCCAGGCCGUCGUCUCCGAGGUCCCCGGAUCGCCCAUCUUCAUCAUGAAGCUCGCCGGCUCCGCCCGCCACCUCGAGGUCCAGCUCAUUGCCGACCAGUACGGCAACGCCAUCUCCCUCUUCGGCCGUGACUGUUCCGUCCAGCGUCGUCACCAGAAGAUUAUCGAGGAGGCCCCCGUCACCAUUGCCCCUCAGGACACUUUCGAGCACAUGGAGAAGGCCGCUGUCCGUCUCGCCCGCCUGGUCGGCUACGUCUCGGCCGGUACUGUCGAGUACCUCUACUCGCACGAGGACGACUCGUUCUUCUUCCUCGAGCUCAACCCCCGUCUCCAGGUCGAGCACCCCACCACUGAGAUGGUCUCUGGAUGCAACAUUCCCGCCAUCCAGCUCAUGAUUGCCAUGGGUAUCCCCCUCCACCGCAUCCGCGACAUCCGUACGCUGUACGGCAUGGACCCCCACGGUGCCACCGAGAUCGACUUUUACGGUGACAAGCCUGCCUCGGCGACGACGCAGCGCAAGCCCCGCCCCAAGGGUCACGUUAUCGCGUGCCGUAUCACGGGAGAAAACCCGGAUGCGGGUUUCAAGCCGUCGUCGGGUGCCCUUACGGAACUUAAUUUCCGCUCCAACUCAAAUGUCUGGGGUUACUUCUCGGUGUCUUCGGCCGGUGGUCUCCAUGAAUUCGCCGACUCGCAGUUCGGCCACAUUUUCGCUUACGGAAUGGAGCGUUCCGAGGCCCGCAAGUCGAUGGUCGUCGCCCUCAAGGAGCUGAGCAUUCGUGGAGAGUUCCGCACUACCGUCGAGUACCUGAUCAAGCUGCUCGAGAAGCCCGAGUUUGAGAACAACAAGUUCACCACUCAGUGGCUCGACGGCCUUAUUGCCGAGGGCAUGACCUCGGAGCGCCCCGACACCACCCUGUCGGUCAUCUGCGGCGCUGUCGUCAAGGCGCACAUCGCUUACGAGGCGGGUCUCGCCAAGUUCAAGUCGGUCCUCGAGCGUGGUCAGAUCCCUACCAAGGACACCCUCCAGACCUUCUUCAAGACCGAGUUCAUCUACGACGAUGUUCGUUACUCGUUCGCCAUGGCCAAGUCUGGCCCCCUCCAGUUCACCCUCUACCUCAACGGUGGACGCAUCUUUGUCGGUGCCCGCCCCCUCUCUGACGGCGGUCUCCUGAUCUCUCUCGGCGGAUCCUCCCACACCGUCUACUGGCGUGAGGAGGUCGGCGCCAUGGUUCUCUCCGUCGACGCUAAGACCACCAUGAUCGAGGACGAGCGUGACCCCACCCAGCUCCGCUCCCCCUCUCCUGGUAAGCUGGUCCGCUACCUUAUCGAGUCUGGCGACCACGUCGACGCUGGCGAGGCCUACGCCGAGAUUGAGGUCAUGAAGAUGAUCAUGCCCGUCACUGCCUCCGAGUCUGGUAUCGCCCAGUUCAUGAAGCAGCCCGGUCAGCACCUUGCCCAGGGUGAGCUCAUGGGUAUCCUUACCCUUGACGACCCCUCCAAGGUCAAGUUUGCCAAGCCCUUCGAGGGCCUGCUCCCCACCUUUGAGCUCAAGAACGGCCGCUACGGCACCAAGCCCCACCAGCGCCUCCGCGAGAACCUCGAGGUCCUCUAUGACAACCUCGGUGGAUACGACAACUCGGCCCAGGUCCUCUCCUCGCUCGCCAUUGUCCAGCAGGAGCUCCGCAACCCCGAGCUUCCCUACUCGAACGCCCACGACGUUCUCUCUGCCCUCUCUGGCCGUAUUCCCGCCAAGCUCGAGGAUGCCGUUCGUCGCAUCAUUGACGAGUGCCACGAGGGCCAGCUCGAGUUCCCCUCGAACAAGCUCGACAAGACCAUCAAGGAGUACAUUGAGAACAUUGUUCCCAUCAACGAGCGCGCCCAGGUCACUGGUGCCAUUGCUCCUCUCCAGGUCCUGAUCGACGCCUUUGCCAACGGCCUCAAGGUCCACGAGUGGCAGAUCUACUCUGACCUCGUCAACUACUUCUCUGAUGUCGAGGAGGCCUUCGCCGACCAGACCCACACCCAGGAGGAGGUCAUCCUCAAGCUCCGUGACGACAACAAGGACCUCGACUCUGUCGUCAAGCUCGUCCUCUCGCACUCCAAGGUCGCCGGCAAGACCAAGCUCGUCAACGCCGUCCUUGACAUCAUCAAGGAGGAGUCGCCCAAGGCUUCGCUCACCCCCGAGUCGGGCGUCCACAAGGCUCUCACCCGCCUCGCCGACAUCGACGGCCGUGCUACCACCAAGGCCGUCCUCAAGGCUAAGGAGGUUCUCAUCGUCGGCUCGCUCCCCACCUACCAGGAGCGUCUCGAGCAGCUCGAGAGCAUCCUCAAGGCCUCGGUCACGACUUCGUACUAUGGUGACUCUGGCAGCGGCCACCGCCUGCCCUCGCCCGACCUGCUCAAGGAGGUCACCGACUCGCGUUACACCGUCUUUGACGUGCUGUCGACCUUCUUCAAGCACCCCGACCCCUGGGUCGUCCUCGCUGCCCUCGAGGUCUACGUCCGUCGUGCUUACCGCGUCUACAACGUUAUGCACCUCGACUACGAGCCCACCCAGAACGGCUCGCCCAAUGUCGUCACCUGGCGCUUCAAGAUGGGCGGCCGCGGCCCCGGCCUCGAGCCCGUCACCCCUCGCGUCGACUCUUCGCGCGACAUUACCCGUGUUGCCUCCAUGAGCGACCUCAACUUCCGCGUUCAGGCCAAGAACGAGCCCCUCCGCUUCGGUCUCAUGACCUCGUACGACACUCUUGCUGCGCUCAAGCAGGACUUCCAGAGCGUUCUCAGCCACUACCCCGAGUUCAACGUCGACGAGUUUGAGGAGAAGUACGGCAAGGACGCCCGUCACCCUCACGUCAUGAACAUUGCCCUCCGUCUCUUCGACGAGGACAUUCCCGACGCCGAGCUCAACGAGGAGUUCACUCGCCUCGUCAACGACUUCCGCGCCCAGGUCGACGCUACCGGUGUUCGCCGCAUCUCGUUCGUCAUCUGCCGCAAGGGCCAGUACCCCUCGUACGUCACCCUCCGCCCUAGCUCGGACGGCUCCUGGAAGGAAGAGGCCGCGAUCCGUAACAUUGAGCCGGCCCUCGCCUACCAGCUUGAGCUCGGACGUCUGUCCAACUUCAAGAUCACCCCCAUGAAGUCGGGCAACCGCCAGAUCCACGUCUACCAGGCUGUCGGCCGCGAGAACCCCUCGGACAUUCGCUUCUUCGUCCGUGCCCUUCUCCGCCCCGGCCGCUUCGUUGGCCAGAUGAAGCAGACCGAGUACCUCAUCUCGGAGACUGACCGCCUCAUCGGCGAUAUUCUCGACACCCUCGAGAUUGUCACCAACCAGCACCGCCAGGCCGACUGCAACCACUUCUUCGUCAACUGCGUCUACACCCUCAACGUCACGUUCGACGACGUCCAGGAGGCCCUCGCCGGCUUCAUCGAGCGCCACGGCAAGCGUCUCUGGCGCCAGCGUGUCACCCAGGGUGAGAUCCGCGUUGUCAUUGAGGACGACGAGGGCAACGUCACCCCCAUCCGCGCCUUCAUUGAGAACGUCUCUGGCUUCGUCGUCAAGUUUGAGGCCUACCAGGAGUUCACCAACGAGAAGGGUGUCACUAUUCUCAAGUCGAUCGGCGACCAGGGCCAGUUCCACCUCCAGAAGGUCAACUUCCCCUACGCCACCAAGGAGUCGCUCCAGCCUCGCCGUUACCAGGCUCACGUUGUCGGCACGACCUACGUCUACGACUUCCCCGACCUCUUCCGCCAGGCGGUCGACAAGGUCUGGCGCCAGGUCCAGACGCUCCUUCCCAACGUCAAGAUCCCCUCGGACCUGCUCACCGCUUCCGAGCUUGUCUUUGACGAGAACGGAGAGCUCACCGAGGUCAACCGUCCCCCUGGACUGAACACCUGCGGUAUGGUCGCCUGGGUCUUCACCAUGAAGACCCCCGAGUACCCCAAGGGCCGUCGCGUCGUUGUCAUCUCCAACGACAUCACCUUCCAGAUUGGUUCGUUCGGUCCCGCCGAGGACGAGUUCUUCUACAAGGCUACCCAGUACGCCCGUGCCCAGGGUCUCCCCCGUGUCUACCUCUCGGCCAACUCGGGUGCCCGUAUUGGUCUCGCCGAGGAGGUCAUGGCCCUCUUCGACGUUGCCUGGCGCGAGCCCGGCAAGCCCGAGAAGGGCUUCGACUACCUGUACCUCACCCCUGCCAACCUUGACAAGCUCAACGACAUGGGUGAGGGCAGCGUCAUGACCAAGGAGGUCGAGGUCGACGGCGAGCGUCGCCACGUCAUCACCACCAUCAUUGGCCACAAGGACGGUCUCGGUGUCGAGUGUCUCCGUGGCUCUGGUCUCAUUGCUGGUGAGACUUCGCGUGCUUACGACGACAUCUUCACCAUUUCCAUGGUCACUGCUCGUUCCGUCGGUAUCGGUGCCUACCUCGUCCGUCUCGGCCAGCGUGUCGUCCAGGUCGAGGGCCAGCCCAUCAUCCUUACCGGUGCCCAGGCCAUCAACAAGGUUCUCGGCAAGGACGUCUACACCUCCAACCUCCAGCUCGGUGGUCCCCAGAUCAUGUACCGCAACGGUAUCUCGCACCUGGCUGCCGGCUCGGACCUUGACGGUGCUCUCCAGAUCGUCAACUACCUCACCUUCAUCCCGGCCAAGAAGAACACGGCGAUCCCCAUCCUCCCCACUGGAGACGUCUGGGACCGUGCUGUCGAGUGGACCCCCACCAAGGGCCCUUACGACCCCCGCAACUUCCUUGCCGGUUGCUACGACGAGGCCUCUGGCAACUUCCAGACUGGUAUCCUCGACCGUGGCUCGUUCUUCGAGACCAUGGGCGGAUGGGCUCAGACCAUUGUCACUGGUCGCGGACGUGUCGCCGGUAUCCCGGUCGCCGUCAUUGCCGCCGAGACUCGCACGAUCGAGCGUGUCGACCCCGCCGACCCUGCCAACGAGAACUCGACCGAGUCCAAGGUCGCGCUCGCCGGUACCGUCUGGUUCCCCGACUCGUCUCGCAAGACUGCCACUGCCAUCGAGGACGCCAACCGCGAGGGUCUGCCGCUUCUGCUGUUCGCCAACUUCCGUGGUUUCUCUGGCGGUAUGUCGGACAUGGCCCAGGCCAUCCUCAAGGAGGGUGCCAAGAUUGUCGACGGCCUCUCGAGCUACAAGCACCCGAUCAUCAUCUACCUGGUUCCCAACGGAGAGCUUCGUGGUGGUGCCUGGGUCGUGCUCGACCCCUCGAUCAACCCCGAGCACAUGACCAUGUUUGUCGACAACGAGUCGCGCGGUGGUGUCCUCGAGCCCGAGGGUAUCGUCGAGGUCAAGUACCGCAAGCCCAAGGUCCAGGCGACCAUGGCCCGUCUCGACUCGGAGUACGCCCAGCUCAAGGCUGCCGUCGACAACGCCAAGUCGUCGCCCGAGGAGAAGCAGGCUGCCGUCGCCGCCCUCGAGGCGCGCGAGAAGCACCUCGGCCCCACGUUCCAGCAGAUCGCCCGCGAGUUUGCCGACCUCCACGACCGCGCCGGCCGCAUGAAGGCCAAGGCCAACUGUGUCCCUUGCGACUGGGAGAACUCGCGUCGCGCCAUCUACUGGAGCCUGCGCCGCAAGCUCUCCGAGCUGCGCAUUCUCAAGAAGCUCGCCUCGGCCAACCCCACCCUCACCUACCCCGAGCGCAAGGGUCUGUACGAGCAGCUCCUGCCCGAGGAGCUCCUGUCCGAGGGUUCCGACUCGGAGGUCGCCGCCUUCCUCGAGAAGAACGGCGACAAGGUCGAGAACUUUGUCCAGCAGGUCCGCGACGAGUGGUGCGCCGACCAGGUCGUCGACUGGGCCCAGACCAACCAGCAGGGCGUCCUCGAGGGCUUCCAGCGUAUCCUCGACGGUCUUGCGCCCGAGGAGCGCACGGCGUUUAUUCAGCAGCUCAGCCAGCAGGCCUAA